CUUGACGUUUUUGUGCAUGGUAUCGUUAGUAAUAAUUUCUAUUCGAAAUACUGAAAUUACUAUUCGAAUUCUUUCUAAACAGCAUUAACAGUGUACUUAGAAAUAAUUGGACAUACCCCAAAAAGAGGGCUUGUGCUAGCUGUGUAACAAUUUCAGUCUCUUUGGUUUUGUAAUCGAAUUUUUGAAAAAUAAUAGAAAUUCAGUACAAAAGGGUUACAACCACGGAAAAGUGUUAGUUUUAGUACAUCUUCAAUAAUGUUUAAAUCUGCAGUUUUUAACCUUGAACAUGCGACGGGAGAUCAAGUCCAGAAGUUUUUAGAUUCUUUCGACACAGUUUUGACUGAUUGUGAUGGUGUUCUGUGGAUUGAUAACAAUGCCAUUCCUGGGUCAGCGGACACUAUGAAUAUGCUGCGUGAGAAGGGGAAGAGAAUAUUUUAUGUGACCAACAAUUCUACAAAAAUACGCAGCGAAUUUGCUUCUAAAGCUCAAGAACUGGGUUUUAUUGCAAAUUCGGAUGAAAUUCUGUCAACAGCAUAUCUAGUAGCCCAUUACCUAAAGGGCAUUGGUUUUACAAAGAAAGUUUACCUUAUAGGGUCUAAUGGCAUAGCUGGCGAAUUAACAGCAGUGGGAAUAAGGCACCUUGGAGUUGGACCUGAUGUUGUUCAACCCGACUUUAAAUCAUUGAAAUCAACAGAUCUUGAUCCAGAAGUAGGUGCUGUUGUAGUAGGUUUCGAUGAACAUAUUAGUUACCCAAAGUUCAUGAAGGCUGCAUCAUAUCUGUCUUCAGAUGAGUGCCUCUUUGUGGCCACAAAUACGGACGAGAGGUUUCCAAGAGCUGGGUCAAUAGUUGUACCUGGUACAGGGACUUUGGUAAGGGCAGUUGAGACAUGUUCUGAAAGGAAAGCCUUGGUGCUUGGCAAACCACAUGCUUACGUUAGGAAAUACCUUGAAUCUUGUGGCCUGGAUCCAGCUAGGACUUUAAUGAUUGGUGACAGAUGCAACACAGAUAUUGAACUAGGCGUACGUUGUGGCUUUCAAACACUUCUAGUGUUAUCAGGGGUCACUUCCGAAAGAGAAGUAGAAAAUAUUCGCAGCGAGAAGAAGCACCCACUGCCCGAUGUAGUGUUACCCACAUUAGGAGAUUUGCUCUCUCUUAUCCAGUCAUAGUAAAGUGUAGUAGGUAAAAAUUACACAAUUAAUAGGUCAAUUUGACAGCAAUGCAGUUGUGAUAAGUAUAACAUAUAAGUAUUUAAUUUGAUUUAACAGAUUGUGAUUUAUUUUUCUGCUUUUGCACUCAAGAAAAGUAUGCCUAUGAUUGAAUUUAUGUUUAUUAAGUAUUUUGUACACCACCUUAAUGUGUUGAGAUUCAACAGUAAAUAAGUAGUGGAAUUUCUAUUGACAGAUUUUUAUGUAAAUGAUAUCUUAUAGUCUUGUGAAUUUUGUAGUAUUACUUAUUAGUAGUAACCAUCAUUGUACUGAAUACCUAUUAUUUUACAACAUAUGAAAAUUAAUAGAAAAUAAUUUUCUACUAUUAUUAAUUUAAUAUAGAACUAAUGUUUUAGUCACAGAAUUUCCAAUUAUUAUUUGCCAAUUGUCAAGUGUCUUAUAGAAAGUUUUAUAAAUUAUUCAGUUCACUUCAAAAUACUUUUAAAUAGUAUUCAACUUGAUCUUUAAUCAGUCACUUCUAAAUACAUAAUUGUAUUGCGAGUAAUGAAAGAGACUCAAUCUUUUAAGGUCUAUUAAAAAGACUGUACUUCAUUUACAGGACUCAAUCCUAAAAUUAAGUCUGGAGGUUCAAGUUAUUAUUAAUAAGUCUCACUUAAUAGACUCGACGACUUCAGUUGUUUUUAAAUAGACUCGCGUCUUAUUCGUGCAUGCUAUUCAAAAAUAGCUCAAGCUCUUAGGCUAACGUGCUAUGAUCUUUUGGAAUCUAAAGUUUAUAGAUAAAAAUGAAGUAGUAUGUUGUAAUCAUGUUUGUUUGUAAUAAAAACUAUUAUUUAUUCAUCUUUUUAGUGUAUGUACAGUCAAGAGCACAUCAAGCUUGACACUUUGUUCUUUGGACCGUUCUAUCAUAAGCAGCGUAGAGUUGGACUUAAAUGUUAAGUGUCAAGCUUGACGUGCUCUUGACCCUGCUGUAUAACAUACAUUUAAUUUGUAUUUGGUUGUAGGUAUAUUUGAUUGACUGUAACAAAGGACAUGUCGUAGGUCGUAACCCGGGAAAGUUUGUUUACAUGUCUUAUUGAAAAUAGAUAUACUUGAUCAGCGGUUCUAGUCAAUUCCAAUUCAUUUACCUUUAUUUAGCCCCAACAAAAACUACCUCAGAUUGAAAAUAUUUCCGCUAUAUAAUGUGAGGAGUCUGCACAUUAUAUAGUGGAAAUAUUUGCCGACCCUACCUAGCGCGGGAUAAGGACAGGAAGAAGAUGAUGUGUGAGUGGACAAAGGUAGAUGUUAUGAUUAUUCUGCUGAUUAAUGUAAUAAAAAUAUUUUAAUGUCUUAUAUGUAAAUUAAAGGUCUGACUAUAAGGCUUAGGUUUCUAGGUUAGGUCAAUAAUGUAAAUAAUGACUUAGGCUUUUACUUCUGACUCUAUUCAAAUUAGUCUUCAGGGUGUGUCGUAGGACUCGACUUAAUUAGUAUUUUAACGCUAGUUAAAAGACUAAUCUAGCGUGAGACGUUACAAACUAUAAUUUUAUACUAGGUCUUAAAAGACUGAGUCUGUUUCGUCAUUAUGUAUGACUGUAUACUUAUGUUAUUAUUUUAUACCUCAAAUUAUUUUUGGAUGCAAAUUUGAGAAUUUUGUCUUUUUGAUACUAUCGUAAUUUAAUAUAUUUUUUAUAAUUUUUAUCUUGAUUGUAAUCUACGAAGGUCGCUUGUGUAACUCUUUAAUGAAUUCCUUAUUGCAUUCUAACGUUUUACCAGCAUUGACAAAAAUGGUUGUAAUAUUGCUUUUAGUACGAUGUGCUUAAACUUGCAUAAACACGCAUCCUUGAAAUCGUUAAAAAACGGUCACACCUUAAAUAUUUAAAGUUUGUAAAUUCUUUUGCUAUAUACAAUUUCUGUGUUCUGUUUUUUAUUCUUUUCACUAUAAAUCUCUAUGGUACUUUAAAACGUUAAUCUAUUUAGAUAUGAUUUAGAUACUUGGCAAUACAGGUAUUAAGUCUCUAUCUAAGGUAACAAAUUUCGAAU